AAUGAAUGAAUGAAUGUAUGAAUGAGAUCAAUCAAUCACAUAUUCUCAAUCAAUCUAAGGAACCCAGAAAAAAAAGGUGUCGCCUUUAUCCUCCAAAAAAGGGUUCCUGGUUGAUUCUUAAACUACAGUUUUUGAUAUUGAUUCUGUAGUUUUAGAUUCUUCUUCUGCUUUCGUUCCCACUUCGGUGAUGGAUGGUAGAGAUCAACCUCGCGUAGAAGAACAUAGCUCUCUCCCUCCUCCACCUCAAAGGGAUGGAGAUUCUCCUGAGAUUGCACAAGAAGAAGACCCAUGGAGACGAGGCAUUGUGUCGGGAACAACACCUGAAGACACCGGGGAGGAUCUCUCGAGACGAAAUGCAUCCUUAACAUCAAGCCCUGUUGCUAAAAGAGUGAACUUUUCUCCAAUGUCGAGUCCUAGAAUCGGCCAACGCGGCGCAUCACUCAGCCCUCCCUCUUCAAGAAACAAACCUAAUAGUUUGAAGAAUCUAGUCCCAAAGCUGAGCUUCAAAAACAGGAACAGCGAUAUCGAGAAAGCUGAUGAUUUGGCCUUUGAAGGCAAUGGGAGGGACAGGUCCACGUGGACUCUCAGUAAUAUUUUGACUCCUAGGUUGAAGAAAACUGAGUCCUUGCCUGUUACCCCUUUAGCUCACUCUAAUCCUGGGUCCACACACGGGAGAUAUGUGGCUGAUCCGGUUACUACCAUGAAGAAAGGCCCUCCACUGCCUAUACACCGAUCACGCUCCGUUCCAGCGUUCAACAAAGAUGGUAGUCUAAGGCAAGCAGGUGUUUUCCGGGUGAUUCCUACUCCUAACAUGACGCCAGCAAGAAAUAAUAUUAAACUUAACGACACGGAUGUUGAUGGAGGAGAAGAUGUUCCUGAAGAAGAAGCUGUGUGCAGGAUCUGCAUGGUGGAAUUGGGAGAAGACUCGGAUGCCUUCAAGAUGGAGUGUAUGUGUAGAGGUGAAUUAGCUCUUGCACACAAAGAAUGUACAAUCAAAUGGUUCACCAUUAAAGGGAACCGAACGUGUGAUGUGUGUAAGCAAGAGGUUCAGAAUCUCCCUGUGACUCUGCUUCGAAUGCAGAACUCGCAGGGUAACUUUGGAGAUGCUGAUACGGAGGCUUCUCACUACAGUGUAUGGAAGGAUGUUCCAGUGCUUGUCAUUGUAAGCAUGCUUGCAUACUUCUGUUUCCUCGAGCAGCUUCUGCUGACCAAAAUGAAAUCCGGCGCCAUUGCAAUAUCUUUACCAUUCUCUUGCGUUCUUGGUCUUCUUGCCUCUAUGACAACAACAACAAUGGUGAAGAAGCAAUAUAUCUGGAUUUACGCAACAGUUCAGUUCGGUCUUGUAGUUUUUUUCUCUCACAUUUUCUUCUCAUUGGUUCACAUGAAGCCGGUCGUGUCCAUUCUCUUAGCCACAUUGGUUGGGUUUGGACUCACCAUGAGCGGGCAAACGGGUAUAGCCGAAUUUGCAAAAUGGAGGAGAGUCCAGAGGACAACUGAACCUCCAAGCAGUAGUCCAGCUCAGACAGCAGGUUAGAGCAUCUAUGGAUCAUGAAACUGAAGCCAGAGCUCAUGAAUGCUGAUCACAUGUUCCACUAGCGGUUUAGAGAUGUGAGAACAGAUUGGUCAUGUGGAUUAAGUAGUGAUGAUACCUGGAAGAGUUUAAAGAUUGUUUUUGGGUGGUCUCUUUUGUGUGUGAAUCUGAGAGUAUAUCAGGCGUGUUAUAAAGGCUUAUUUUUUGGUACUGUCUUGCGCAAAAAUGCAAGUACAAAGGACAUAUAUAUAUACUCAUCAUGUUUUAUUCUACACUGACCCCAAAUGUUUCUAAUAUUACAAAACUAACUCCGUGUACUAGCAGCAGUGGUCUCUGUUAUUUAUGCAUCACCACCCAUAAAUUUAUUUUAUUCUACAUUGACCCCAAAUAUUUAUAUAUUACAAAGAUAACCCCGUGGACUAGGGAGCACUGUCGUCUCAGUUAUUAAUUGCUGAAUCUUCUUAGAAAAUGUUUUAGUCUUCGCAACCGACUAGUGCUGAUCUCUCGUAGCCAUGGCCGAUGAAUUCUCUUUGAUAAUAAGAAGCAAUGAGACAGGGAAAGAUCGAAAGCAAAGGGCUUAACCCGGGACUGAUAGUCCUUCUUGUGAUUGGAGGGUUGCUAGUGGCAUUCCUCGUAGGGAACUUCGUCCUUUACACAUACGCGCAGAGGAACUUGCCUCCGAGGAAGAAGAAGCCGGUUUCAAAGAAGAAGAUGAAGAAAGAGAAGCUGAAGCAAGGCGUUCAAGUUCCUGGCGAGUAGAACUUUUGUUACCUUUUAGUUUCAGAUGAUCCUUUUGUUGAUUACUCACUACACAUCAUGUGACUCUUUAUUAGUUUUGAAUGUUCCGAUGUUAGUA